AUGGUGGAUGGACAGCCCCAGUUCGUCUUCUUCUGCGACGGAUCAACUGGGUACAGGUCAUACCCGAAUGCUACACAUGAUGGAGGGUAUGCCGUGGUCUUUCGUGACCCAUACGACGCCGACAAAGCAGCCACUGCAAGCGCCUCUAAAUCGGCCACGGCCACAUUUGGGGGCUCUCGGAAGGAAGACGGCAUUACCAUCGCCGACUUUACUAUCCGGCACUGGCUAUCUCACAGAACCUUUGGAGCCCCCCACGUCGAGAUCGCCGCCAUUGCCCAAGCACUGGAAGAGGUUAUCAAGCGAAACGAUCAGCAUCAUCCGGACACAUCGACUGUCAAGAUCUUCACCGAUUCCGACACAGCCCUAGCACGAAUUGAGAGGGGCAUUCUCACGUUUGAGACGACAACCGCUGGCAACGGCCUCAAGCGCAAACGCGAAAACAAAGCAUUCUUCGAAGAGCACACCAAUCCAUUUGUACGCCUGAUUGUAUGGCAGUUGCAUUACCUCUCCGACCGCGGCUGCACGAUCGAAAUGAACUGGAUGCCGCGUAACACCACACUGGGUCACAGCUUGGCCGAUCAUAUGGCCGGCAAGUGGAAGCAGUGGAAGGGCAAAGAUCCGGGUGAUGCUUUUAACCAGAAGUAUCUGCCACACGCUCAGAGGGACGGCAUUUUGGACAAGUUGCAUGAGGAAGUUAGCGCCAUUGAGCGUGCAAGAGGCCAUGAUGCUCUGGGCUCUGAAUCUGAGGAGGAACCUGCGCGGCAGCCGCAACAUCCGAAGAAAAGGAGGAGAAUUAGGCGUGCGACCGGGGCCAAGAACAGGAGUGCGAGUGACUACAUUGGCCUGGACCCUGACGACUAUAUUGCUCUGGACUCCGAAUCCGAGAGGAACCUGAGCCUAGAACCUGAGCCCCAGCCGCAGCCUCCGAAGAAGAGGAAGGAGAUUAAGGGUGCGACCACGGCCAAACAAAGGAGUACAAGUAACUUUAUUCUCCUGGACUCUGACUCCGAGGAGGAACCCGAGCCCAAGCCGCAAACUCCGAAGAAAAGGAAGAAGAUAAGGGGUGCAAUCCCGCCUAAGAAAAAGGCUCCGAUGCAGCAGGCUGGACUUGGAGCGGGUGGAUUCCUCAACGGCGAAGACCAUGUCUUCAACUUUGACCCGGGUAACUUGCCCUCCUAUCCAAGCCAGCACGCUAGCCACGAUCCCGAGUCCGGCCAUGGAACUCCCGGUUGUCUUCUGUGUCAAGGCGAUGAUUACCCGUGGAGGUCGGGCUACACCGGUCUGCCCUCUCAGUGGGCUCUCAGACGAUACUAGGCAAAGCGGCCUGCCGGUACAUGUAUGUAACCAUUUGUUUGUUUGUUUGUUGGCACUGGAGUCAUGGUCAUGGAUGGUUGUAGCGAGCGUUUCUGUUAUGACGACUGUGUUUGGUCAAUGGUCAUAGGGAUGAUACCCAAGGCUUUGGAGUCAGGCUGGCGGGAGUCAUGGAUGGAUUUAAAAGGGCUUUUCGUUGCUCGAGAUACAUGUAAGAAGCAUGCGUUUCAGAGAAGUACAU